AGAACAAGAGGCAGAGGGAGUCAUGCCAACUCAAAUUGUUGCCAAGACCAGGAUUAGAAAACAGACAGAAAUCCAAAACAAAUUAGCAUUGCUGUGUUCAGGGUGCGAACGAUCAUAAAGACGCCCAGGAACUCAUUCAAGAACCAUUCAGGAAUACUGCAAAAAAAAAAAGUGCCUGGGAAAGAUUUCUGGAUACUGGCUCACAAGAAGAAACACAGCAUUGGAUCUUUGUUGUUAUAGCAUCUGGAUUGUUAUUAUGAAGCUAGUUACACUACUAAUCCUCACCCUGUCCAAAGAAAUUAGUGCACAAUUUCCCCGGCAAUGUACCACAGUCAACGCACUAAGGACAGGUGAAUGCUGUCCUGAUCUAUCUCCAGUGGUGGUUCCUGGUUCAGACCGCUGUGGUUCGUCUUCUGGGAGAGGUCAGUGUGUGCAAGUGACAGCAGACUUGCGACCUCAUGGGCCACAGUACAUGCAUGAUGGCCGAGAUGAUCGUGAGCAGUGGCCUCUUCGUUUCUUCAACCAAACCUGUCAAUGCAAUGGCAACUUUGCUGGGUACAAUUGUGGGUCCUGUCGACUUGGCUGGAGUGGACCAGCAUGCAGCCAACCGACAAACAUAGUCAGAAGAAACAUUUUGGAUUUGAACAGAGAAGAAAUGAAUCGUUUUGUAAGUGCUUUGCAGCAAGCUAAAAAUACCAUGCAUCCUGAUAUCAUGAUAGCUACAAGGAGACGUGAGGAGAUUAUGGGACCUGAUGGCAAUACACCACAAUUUGAAAAUGUGACCAUUUAUAACUACUUUGUGUGGUCUCAUUAUUAUUCUGUCAGAAAGACAUUCCUUGGAUCAGGGCAGCUGAGUUUUGGUGGCAUAGAUUUCUCUCAUGAAGGACCAGCAUUUCUUACCUGGCACAGAUAUCAUCUACUUCAGUUGGAGAGAGACAUUCAGGACAUGCUACAGGAUCCUUUUUUUGCACUUCCCUACUGGAAUUUUGCAACAGGUAGAAACACCUGUGACAUCUGCACAGAUGACCUGAUGGGAGCUAGAAGCAACUUUGAUACCUCUCUUAUAAGCCAAAAUUCUGUCUUCUCUCAAUGGCGAGUUUUAUGUGAGAGUCUUGAAGACUAUGACACUCUGGGAACCAUUUGCAACAGCACAGAAGGUGGUCCAAUUAGACGAAAUCCUGCUGGAAAUGUUGCCCGCCCAAUGGUGCAGCGCCUUCCUGAGCCACAGGAUGUAGCUCUUUGCUUAGAAGUUGGAUUAUUUGACACACCUCCAUUCUAUUCAAACUCAACAGACAGUUUUCGUAAUACACUGGAAGGCUACAGCGAUCCUUCGGGAAAGUAUGAUCCAGCAGUCCGGAGUCUUCACAAUCUGGCCCAUCUCUUUCUGAAUGGCACUGGGGGGCAAACCCAUUUGUCCCCAAACGAUCCCAUUUUUGUCCUCCUACACACCUUCACUGAUGCUCUUUUCGAUGAAUGGCUGAGGAGACACAACCCUGAUAACUCUAUAUUCCCACUAGAGAAUGCCCCCAUUGGUCACAAUAGAAGAUACAACAUGGUCCCAUUCUGGCCCCCUGUCACCAACAAUGAGAUGUUUCUUACAGCACCAGAAAAUUUGGGCUACAGUUAUGAAGUACAGUGGCCAACUCGGGCUCUCCAAGUCACUGAAGUCAUCACUAUUGCCAUUGUCACAGCACUGAUUGUGGUUGCAAUUAUUUUUGCUGGUGCCACAUGUAUCGUUCAUGCUCGGCGAAACAAGGACGAACUCCAUCAGCCUCUUCUCACCGACCAGUAUCAGACUUAUUCAGAUGAUUAUGACAGCAUACCAACCCCCAGCCAAUCCGUGGUAUGAAAGGUCAGUUGACUGACCUGCAUCCUGUGGCACUGUUCUUUUUGCAGAAACUCUUCUGCUUUACAGUGAAGACUGCCUGGGUAAAAUUCCUUCUCGCAUGACCAGGAAAAUCUCCAUUUGUGUUCAUGAUCUGCUUUCAUCAUUUUCAUUGUUUAGCUAUUUAACCAUAGUAUGAAAAAAUGUCCCGAAUGUAACAGAGUGUAGAGAGGUAAAGGACAUUUUGAUAAGGUUAAUUAUUAAGUGCAGCACUUCCUGUUCAGUUUACUUUUCCAGUUUUUAUGUAGGUUUAUGGAAAGAUUAGGGCUUAAUCCAAAGUAGUGACUUUUUUGGGGGGAAAUUAAGAUGAUUGGAUGCAGGAGUUAGUGCCCUGACUCACAGUAAUCUUAGUAAUGCUUCAUUUCCUAAAGUCCAGCAAAUACUGCUUUAAUUCCACAUUGACUUUGCCUUCAGUGAAAUCAGUACCUAGCCAGAUUCAGUUAGCUAUGUAGCACUAUACUGAAAUCAUGGUAGGGUGGCUCUAAGAACAAAAAAGAAACCCUAACCUGAAAAAGCAGAACCAAAGCAGCAGACAAAAGAAAGAAUAGCAAUAACCAUUACAAAAAGCAGAAUAGACACAACAAGCUGUCCAGAAAAUAGGGCCACUGGUUCCUGAUAUUUCAUGUUGUUGGGGUUGUUGUUUUUUGUAUCAAACACACAACCCAAGAAGAGUGCUUGAGUAUUUGGAAGCUGGAGUAAUUGAAAAUUCAUUGGUUUGUGAUAUUUUUUGCUGAUUCCAAUAAAAACCAAUAAAAAGGUGAACGUUUGAAUAUUUAAAGGGGUUGAAAUAUUUCUGCCUUCCCCCAAAGUAGUUUUCAAUUUGAAAAUCAAAAUGGGUGGCUAUCCAAUGCUACCACAGUAAAGAUCUCAUUCUUCCCAAAUGAGCAGGUUGUCAUUGAUUCAGUGAUUUGUUUGAGUGGGUGUUAUUUUCUAGCGUUUGUUAUAUCCUCAUGAAAUUUAUAUUAUCCAUGUAUCACCAUGCAUGAACAACAUGUGCAGCAAAAAAGUAUUCUUAAAAACAAUUUAGCUGUUACAUUCAUUGGUUCAUAUACACAAAACCAAAAUAUGUAUAACCCCAUCGCUUUGCCUGGUUCCUAUACUUAUUUUGAAAAUGCAAUAAGAGUUCUAUAAAAGUGCCACAAGAUGGCAGUACAGUGAGCAGUUGAAUUCAUUUCUAGAAACAAGCCAUUCUUUGAAACUCUGUUGGGUAGAAGGAUUCAGUAGAGGGCAGAAGAUUGUGGAAGAUCCUACUAAAUAUUUGCAUCUGUUUUCAAAAGAAAUACAACUUCCUAUUGUAGCAAAGAAAGAACUGUAAUAUGGUGUCAAAACUAUAAAUUGGUAAUUCUUAGAGAAUGAUUCAAUAGGUUUAAAGAACAAGGAUAGCCAUGCAGGAGUCAUGACUGCAGUCUCCAUUGUAUGUAAAGUCAAUGUAGUCCAGUGGGAAGUAGGUUGUACUUAAAAAUCUAGCAAAUAUCAUGCCACUGUCAUUUUUGAGCUCUGUCCUCUAUUCCUUUUUAUUUUCUAAUCUCAGUUUUUAAAAGCAGAAUCUUGGUCUAACACAAUAAAGAUUUUUUAAAAAAAUUA